AGUGUGACACAUCCAAUGUACAAGAAUAACAUGAAACUAACCCUAAUUUCCUAAAUAUAAUGCUUUGGAAAUCAAUGAACAUAAAUUCUCAGGGCUCUGUUCCAUAAUCUGCUUUGAAUUAAUUGUGAUAAACAUACUUGAACAGUAUCCCCGUUUUGAGUUGCCAAAGAACAUUCCUGUAGUAAUUGUAUUAUCAGAGUUAGAUUAGAUUGCGUUGCCACGCUGUCGGAACAAGUAGACAGUGCUCAGCUUCAGAAGUAGAUGUAAAAAUUUCUGCUCUUGGACUAAUUUAGUCUUUCGGUAUUUGUGUACAAUUAGUAAACUAUUGCGCAGACUAAUUUAUACAUAGUAGCUCAUAAUGGCUCCAAAGGUGGAAAUUGUACACGAUGAAAAGUUAACUCUUGGCGAAGGGCCUCACUGGGACGAGGAAGCACAAGUACUUUAUUUUGUUGAUAUAGAUGAGUCUACUAUUUUCAAGUAUGACCCUAGCACUAAUAAAAUCACACGGGUCAUUGUGGAUAAACAAAAUAAAACAACUAUUGGCUUUGUCGUACCUGUAGCAGGUACCAAAGAUAAAUUUGUCAUAGGAUAUGCAAGUAAAUUUGCACUUCUGACUUGGGAUGGCGUUAGCACGGAUCCAACCAACGUUGAAAUCCUUCUUGAUGUGAAUCCAGGAGCUAAAGUUCGGUUUAAUGAUGGCAAAGUUGAUCCAACAGGACGCCUGUGGGCUGGGACAAUGACGUCAGAAUAUAAAAACGUGGGAGAGGAGUUAAGACAUGGAUCGUUUUAUUCCUUAAGUUCAACUGGAAAAUCAUCAAUAACGCAUCUUACAAAUGUAGGGAUUAGUAACGGCCUUGCAUGGUCAUCUGAUCGCAAAACUUUCUAUUAUAUUGAUAGUUUCAAUCGGGCAAUUGACGCAUUUGAUUGUGAUCUUCAUAACGGAACAUUGAAAAAUCGGCGUACAGUUUUUGACACAAUCAAAAACAAGGUACAGGGAUUGCCUGACGGUAUGACCAUUGAUAAAGAAGAUAAAUUAUGGCUUGCCACAUUUGGAGGUAGUGCAAUUCAUCAAGUGGAUCCUAACACUGGUUCUCUUCUUCGAUCAGUUCAACUUCCAGCAGCAAAGAUUACCUCAGCUACGUGGGGAGGGCCAAACUUGGAUGAACUUUAUGUGACAAGUGCUAGCGUACAGGAUACGGAAGAGCAUCGUUACUCAGGACGUUUGUUUAAAAUUACUGGACUUGGUACAUCUGGACUUCCAGGUGUGCCAGUUAAAUUAUAAAUACAUUAUGGGAUUUGACGUUGUGAUAAUUUUUUAAAUCAAUCAUAAUCAAUCCGAGCUAUAAAGUGCCUAUUUUUAUUUAUGAGCAAGUUUGAGCUAUACAUAUUUUGAGAAUACUUUCUACCACAGGCGAGUAUUCACGAUUGUACUAAAUUAUUUCACAAUAAAGGUACUGUAUUGUUUCGAA